AUGUCGGCUUCUAGCCAAUCCACCUCGUCCACCAGCCAGACGAACAACCAAAACGGAUGCGUCGUUGAUCCUCUAGAUCUACUAGACUUCUCCGAGUACGACGGCCUGCCGUAUCAAUCACCAUCAGUGUCGCCAGCAACCACGAAGCCUCAGUUCUCCAGACCGUCGACGACGACUGCCACAACGUCCGUGAUGCCUCCAAGCCAGAACCUGUCUGGCCCGAGCCACCAAUAUGACCAGUACAAGCAACAGACGCCUUUCGUCCCCGGCGCAUUGGCUAGCACGAUUGCCCUGAACCAGACCAACUCACACAUGGGUUACAACCUCGAAUACAACCUGAACACGAGCCCAAGCAACGAUAUUUUCGACUUCAACACCGCGCCUCAAUCAUCACCGGACAUGGAUAUGGACUUCGAGUCCCCGCCAGAGGCGUCUUUCUUCUUCCCCGAGAACACCAUCAACCCUAACGCCAUGGGUGGCCGCGACGCGCAGACUUUGUCCCCGUCUCCAACAUUUGCAAGCAACGUCGGUAGGAUGUACCCGGGUAUGCACCAACAAGCCGCCUUGGCCAAGGCCCAGGCCCAACAGAGGCAGCAGCAGCAGAUCAUCCAGCAGCAACAACAACAGAGGCAACACAUGCAGCCGAAGCAGCAGAAGCCCAAGGGUGCUCACCCUUCGGACCCCAUUGUCGAGCAGAAGAUUACCCAACUACUCAACUCGAUGCGCGCCAAGAGUGGCACGUCUGAGGCCGAGCUGAACUCCCCUCUCAUGAACACCUCGCGACCCAAGAAGGAUGAGGAUGACAUGGACGAGGACGAGAGAUUGCUGGCUAGCGAAGAGGGCAAGAAGCUCAGCAGUAAGGAGAGACGCCAACUGCGCAACAAAGUAUCUGCUCGCGCCUUCCGCUCACGGAGAAAGGAAUACAUCACCCAGCUCGAAUCAGAGAUUGCCACCAAGGUUACGGAGAACGGUGACCUCCGCGCACAAAACCGUGCUCUUUUGGAUGAGAACAGGCGUUUGUCCGACCUUACCCGCAUGCUCCUGUCCUCUCCGUCUUUCUCCAACUUCUUGGACAACCUGAGCAACAACCCUGCAUCCGUCCCUCAACAACAGCAGCAACAACUGGCUCAGCACGUUGACCAGAGACAAUCCGAAGCUCGCCAGAUGCCCAAGGAUGUCAACGCCUACGCGGCUGCCCACCAAGCUCAGCAGCAACAGAUUGGCAUGGUUAUGAUCCCCGAGCAGAACAUGGAUUUCUCCAUGCUCAACCUCGAGUCCAACGAUGCCUACAGCUACCAGCCGCAGGUCUUCACUGUCGAGACCCCUGAGAUGCCGGUGAUUGACGCUGCCAUGCUUUCUGGCAAGUCCUCCAGCCUUAUGCCCGAGUCUUUCGAGUCGGUCAAUGAGAAGGUGGAAAUGCCCACCAUGGAGUCGGUCAAGAACGAUGCGCCCGCGUCUCCUGUCGCCCCGACAAUGGGCGAGAAGACUGUCGCCGAUCUCGAUGCUGACAUCUACGACGACGAGGUGCCGGUCUCGUCAGAUGUCGAGGUUGAUGCGGACAGCCUGUCCAAUAUUGACCUCUUCGGUGGCGUCGAAUCGGAAAAGGCAUUGGCGCACUACCAGCUCGUCGAUGCUUCAACAGAGGACGCCACUGCUUCCCGAGCAUUAAUGCGGGUGCAGCGCAUCUCUGCCAGCCUUGAGGCCACAAUGGCGAGGUUAGAACUCCUCACCAUCAACUUGUGA